AACGCGCGUCCGAGGGUCGGGACGUCCGAAGAAGGCACGUGGGCCGCCUGAGUCGAGCGGCGCAGCCGGGAGGGAGUUUGUGGGCCCGGCGCGCCUGGCGGCUCUCCUGCUGCACCUGCGAGGGGAAGGGAGAGCUCUUCUGAAAGGUACCGAGCGGUCCGGGCAGAGCAGGCGAGGUUUUGCUCUUACUGGAAGCUGAAGGUCCUUUUGGUUGAAGGAAUAUUUAGAUAUAUUCGUUGUGAGGUUUUAUGACAUACCUGAAGACAAUGACUUGAUCAUGACUCUCUUCCAAUGGUAUAAUACAUCUGUAAUGUUUUGUCCUAGUGGCAAAUUAGUUCCAAGAGUGCUGUAAACUGGAGCUGUAUACAGAACUAUCAGCACAAUGCUGCCACAAUCGACCAAAAUGCAGAAACCGUUUCAGCUGGCAAUUAGGACCUGUUUGCUAUCCUAUCGCUCCUGUAUCUUUCCAUGCAUCAAAGGGAAAACAUCCUUACAUCCAAUAAGGCAGAAAAAGAUGUUCCGGGUGCUGAGCUGCCAAAGUCAAUAUCUGCAUAUGUCCACUCCUUUUUGGGUUUCCAAAGAAGGGGGCUUGGUGGACAAGACAUCUUCCCAACCUGAAGACCCUCAAAAUAAAGAACCGAAGAGAGAAAACCUUACCACAUCGGCUGGUAAUUUUGCCAGUGGAACACCUAUACAGCCCAAUUCUGUAGAACUUGACCCUUUACAAGAUAAAUCCAUUAGCCUUGUGCAAAGAUUCAAGAAAACUUUUAAACAGUAUGGCAAAGUUCUGAUUCCCGUGCACCUUUUGACCUCCAGCAUAUGGUUUGGAACUUUUUACUAUGCAGCUUUAAAGGGAGUAAAUGUCGUUCCAUUUCUUGAAUUCAUAGGGUUGCCUGAAAGCAUUGUAAACAUCCUAAAGCAUUCUCAAAGUGGAAAUGCAUUAACUGCCUAUGCGUUGUAUAAGAUUGCAACUCCAGCCAGAUACACAGUGACAUUAGGAGGAACGUCCAUCACUGUGAAGUAUCUUCGCAAGCAUGAAUAUAUGUCCACACCACCUCCAGUGAAGGAAUAUAUUCAAGACCGAAUGGAAGAAACAAAAGAACGAAUCUCGGGAAAAAUGGAGGAAACAAGAGACAUGAUUAGUGGCAAAAUGGAAGAAACAAAAGAAAAAUUAACUGAGAAAAUGGAAGAAACAAAAGAGAGGAUAACUGAAAAGAUACAAGAAACCAAAGAUAAAGUUUCAUUUAUAAAGAAGAAAGAAUAGGAAAGUUAGAGUGAAAGGUGAUAUUUUUAAUCCUUUAGUAUGUCUGAAAUGUAUGUUCUUGCUAUUAUUCAUGUCUAUUUUGUUACAGGCUGACUAGACAUUUGAAAGCUAAAAAGAUAAUGCUUAAGACUUGCACUGGCCUUAAUAAAAAUUAUCCAACAUUUUCCAAUGUACGAUGUAGUAAAUGCAACAGUUUUCUCCACAACUCAGUUCCUAGAGAAUAUUCUGUGGUCAUCCCAUCAGUGACUUGAAUGAAUCUCUGCACGUUUGAUGAAGCUGAUAUUCUUACCUGGCAUCACUCACCUUGUUGUAAAACAAAGUAUUAAAAUGGCUUAGUCAUGUAAACAAUGUCCUGAAUAUUAGAAAUUGUGUCAUUAUUUGUAUAUUAAUUAAUCUUACUAUUUCUAGAAAGAUCAGGUAAUUAGAAAGCUAUGUUAUGUUCCAUAUUCCUUUUAUAAAAACUUGACUUAAAAUGAUGCGUGAGGCUCAAUGAAAUGGUACUAAAUGCAAUUGCAUAUUUAUAUUGCAAAAUGGAUUUUGAUUCUUCUUUAGGCUAAAAUAAGUCGUACAUUUCAUAUUACUGAUAAAGCUAUAAAAAGAAAGGAGAUAGAUCUAUCUUUGUUCACGGAAUAAAUGUUUACAUCUUUUUAGCCAAGUGAAAAAAAAAGAAAAGAAACACUGCAACCAUUUUUGUAGAAAAUAAUCCAAUAUUGUUAUUAGAGGCUAAACACAACAUCAUUGUACUAUUGAAUACUAUUGAUUCAUCUCAGGUGGGGUUUUGGAUUUUUUGGGGAAGACGGCUGAGAUCAAGAGGCUAUAAUUUCCAUGUAUUAUUUUGGUGAUCACAGCUUUGAACAUUGGCAUUUCAGGUAUUUCUCCUGUAAUGAGAAAAAGUCAUGGGCAGGUAACAGAAUAAGGAGGGAUCUCCAAAACUUGGCAACUUUAAGACUCGUGGACUUCAACUCUCAGAAUUCUCCUGCUGCCUGGGGAACUCUUGAAGUUUAAAUCCACAAGUCUUAAAAUUGCAAAGUUUGGAGACCCCUGGUAUACGGGAUGAAAAGAUCAGGGUAAGAAGAACUUUAGAAAUGACUGUCACAUCCAUGUUAAGAUCCAUGGUUUAUAUCACUACCUCUGUUGUGAUUUGAAGGAAUGCUUUCAAAGUGCUUUACAUUAAUGUAAGUCAAACACUUUGUUGGUUUAUAAUUCAACUACUUGGGGUCUGUAUAUUUUUUUAAAAAAUAUAUAAUUUGUUUCUUUCAGUUCUGUUAAAUUAAAACAAAAUAUCUGAUACUAGUUAGUCUUAGAAGCUAUUUAUCCAGGAAGCAAUAAAAAAGGGGGUUAUUGAGGUGAUAGAGACCCAGGAGAUGACUAGGAGACAGCUACCAAAAUCAACCUUGCUAGCUAUAAAGCAGGAGUGGUUUAGAAGAUGUAUUUUUUUCAUUGGUAAAGUUUGACAAUAUCAUAAAAGCACUACACUACUAAAUAAUACUUGUGUAAAAGUAAAAUGAUGGCUUUGAGAAUUGGUUAUGAGGUUAUAUACUCUUAUGACAGCAUUGCUGAGCACUCUUGUGUCCCAUGAAGUCAAUUUUGUGUGAAACCAUGAAAUAAAACCUUGCUAUAUUUACGCAAUAGUUAUUCUAAUAGGAGAAAUACUACAGUUGUUUUCAAGCACAGUUUUACUCCUGUAAAAUACUUGUUUCGGAUACUUAAUAUGCAGGUAAGUUUUUAAAAUGUACAGUAUGCUUUCUUGUAAAUUUAAUGAAUGUUGUACUCAGCAAAUCUUCUUGUUGCCAGUUGCAAUCCUAGCAUUGCGAGAACAUAUUCACAAAAGCUUAUCUUUUCUGAUCUAUCAAAGAGAUGCUUAAUAAAAGUCAGACAUUAUCUUAGCCAAUAUACAUCCAUGAUUUGCCUCUAUAAGCAGUGGCAUGUAAAAUAGAUUGCUACUCAUUUAUUAAAGGUAACUUAACAUCUUUGUGAUUUGCAAGUUUCAGCUAUUUCUCUCUUAGUAGAUUCAGAGCAUCUACUACAUUCUAAACCUGCAGAGAGAGGAAUGCUAACUUGAAUCUUAGAAUUAAAUCAUUUGGCAACUAGCAAACACAAUCAAAAGAAAAGAGCACAAAAACAGAUAGAAAAUAUAUAUCCCUUCUCUACAAGAUCAUUUUGGAAAAGCUGAUUUGGACUUAAACGUAUUCCAUUUUUGUAGAAGCAGCAUGUUGGAAAUUUUUUCAUCCAUAAUUCCAUGGAUAUUAAAUUCCUAAAAUUAACAGACAUAAUCAAAUUACACAAUAGGAAAUAGUAUGGGAGCUCUCCUGGGAAAAAGUGAACAAAAUGUUUCUUGUAUUUUCUGUACUUUUAAGUAUUUUUUAACAAACAUUCUUAUUUAAUGUCAGUGUAUUCAGAAUGAAAAUAUGUCUCUUUCAAUAUUUCAACUUGAUUUUGGUAAAAACAUCAGGAAUUUAAAAUAGUAGUUCCAUAUCGAUAUAAAUGGAAGCAAUAUUGGCCCAUUGCUAUGGAAUGGGCAAAGCAGUAUUUAAUAAUAUUCAUCAAACCACUGCUUAGUUCUUUCAUAAAUUUGUUUUCAUUAUAUUCACUGCAGAGGAAUUGUUCUUAAAAUAAUAGUGCAGAUGACAUUAAUUGAAUUAAAGUACUCCUGCUAUAUA